AUGACCUCCGCAUCAAUCGACCUCCCAGCCUCAUACGAGAGUCUGAAUCUAACACACAUCAAAAUAAGCCACCACCCCACCGGUACACAGGCAGUAACACCGGUAGUAAUAAUCACCUUGAACAGACCAGAGAAACACAAUGCCUUCACACCCCAGAUGGCAGAUAGUCUUACAACAGCAUACAAAAUGAUCCAUAUCGAUCCACGCGUGAAAGUAGUCGUCCUCACCGGAGCAGGAAAGAUGUUCUGCGCUGGAUCAGAUCUGGAUGUUGGAUUUGGGGAUGGAAAAGGGAAAGCAGGUGACUUUCGAGAUAUCGGAGGACGAGUCGCACUCGCAAUGCAUAGAUACCACAAACCCACCAUUGCAGCGAUGAAUGGGUCUGCCGUUGGUGUAGGAAUGACAAUGACCCUACCAGCAGCUAUACGCCGAAAACAUGGCAGAAAACGUCAGUCUGCUAGCAUCUUCCAUGAGCAGGGCUCUAAUGUGGCAGUGUCCCGAGUCUCCCGAGGCGGCACAUCUAUUGGAGUCAAGAGUAUUUCACCAUAUGAUUGGACAACGUGCCGAGAGAGUCAAACAUGGCGAAUGGCAAAUGGCAAAUUACUGACGUCACAUAGAGACUACAAAGAGGGGGUGAAUUCGUUUCUGGAGAAGCGGAGGCCUUGUUUUGAAUCGGAUCCUGCGGUGAUGAGUUCACCUAAUUAUCCAUGGUGGUCUGAGGUUGCGAUCGCUCGAGAGCCGAUGGCAUCCUCGAACUCUAAGUCUAAGCUGUGA